AUGUCAAAACUGCAUGGUGUAAAUAAUAAUUCCAAUUCUGGCAGUAAAUUGAAUACUAGUAAAUAUUCACGUUCGCUUACUUGUCAACUGAGAAACUCCGAUGAUAGUAAUGAUAGUGGUAACCAGGGUAAAUGUCGAACAAAAGUUCCAAAGUUACAAAGGCGAUUCUCAUUAUGUUCAAAUUUUCAUCAACAAAUGGAGUCUUCUUCAAAUGCUACAUUUCAACCACCUGUUUUCAGUAUCCCCUCUGAUUCAGAAAGUGAACUAACUUCGAAUACGCAUUUCGGUGAAAAAUUAGACUAUAACAGUUUUGCUGAUAUAACAGAGACUGUAAAUCAGUUACCUGUCAAUACACAUGUUAAUGGAGUACAUCUACCAGACACAACAUGCAAGUUUAAACCGAAAAAGUGUACAUGUGAUCGUUCAUUUUUAUCUAAAGAUAAUGAAACACCUACAAGUAUGGAUACAAUGUCGUCAUCAGUUGGCGAAUCAUUGAAUUCAACAACAAACACGCCUAAUCAUCAUUUGAAUGGGGAUACAGAAGUCAUUGAUAUAUCAAGCGAUGAAGACGAAUCAAAUAAAUCAGUCAAUGGAAAUGAAUGGUCUCAUCUACUUACAGGCGGUGUUGGUGAUGUUGGUGGUGAUGGGGAUGGGGAUAAUAGUUAUCCGAAUUUUUCGGGAAAUCGAACACGCGUUAAACGAUGCAGUAAAUGGAGUUGUGGACCAAGAGGUUAUCGUGUUCUAUCACUCGAUGGUGGCGGGAUUCGUGGACUGAUUAUUGUACAGAUACUUCGAGCUUUAGAAAUUGCCAGCGGGAAAAAAGUUACAGAAUUGUUUGAUUGGAUCAUUGGUAAUACUUCCGUUUUUGUUCUUUUUUGCUUUUUUAAAUAUAAAAACUCUUUUUGUUCGAAAUUAAUAUGA